CCUUUUUCAUCUUUUCAUCUCCACGCUCUUCCAUCUUAUUUAUGCCAACACCAGUCAUCGCAUCACAAAAUUUUUUCAUUCAAACCUCAACCGGUUUCCUUCCAUUUCUUCCUGCUUCCACUUGGCCAAUCAGUACAACAUUUUUGUCACACAAAGUAGCUACCUUUGAAUUCGUUUUUUGCAGCAAAUCAUGGAGAAUAAUCAGUCUUUCUGGCAAUUCAGUGACCAGCUGCGUCUGCAGACAUCCAAUUUGGCAAACCUCUCUCUGAAUGAUUCGAUUUGGAGCAACAGCUACGUGUCCAAGAGGCGUGAUGAAAGGAUUAAUUUUGACAUCAAAGUGGGUGGUGAGAUCAACUCUUUCAAGUCAAAGGAGUCUGCUUCUGAUUUCAAGGAUAACAUGAACGGAUCUUUUCUUGCCAUGAGUUACAACAACAACAACCUCAACCACAACAAUAACAACAUUCUGGGUGUUGGUUUGGAUGCUGGGGUGGGUCUCAAUGGAGGCUUCAACAAGGGAAUCUACUCCAAACCUGCCUUUGCCAAUCUUAACACUAACAUUAACCUCAAUAUCAAUCCUAAGGGGCACAAGGGUAAGGCCGAAGAUGACCUUCUUCACCCUCCCAAAUCUUCCAAGAAAAACAACAACCCCAACAAGAAACACGACAGUAACAACAGCGCCGGCAACAAUGAUAACGGCAAGGAUUCCAAGGCUGCUGCCGACAAGAGAUUCAAAACACUGCCACCGUCGGAGUCUCUUCCCAGGAAUGAAACCAUUGGAGGCUACAUCUUCGUUUGCAACAAUGACACCAUGGCUGAAAAUCUCAAGAGGCAACUCUUCGGUCUGCCACCACGUUACAGAGAUUCUGUUCGGGCCAUUACUCCAGGGUUGCCCCUUUUCCUUUACAACUAUUCCACUCACCAACUCCAUGGAAUCUUUGAGGCUGCAGGUUUUGGAGGAACAAACAUUGAUCCAAUGGCUUGGGAGGAUAAGAAAUGCCCCGGUGAAUCUCGUUUCCCUGCUCAGGUGAGAGUGAUCACAAGGAAAACAUGUGAACCACUGGAGGAGGACUCAUUCAGACCAAUCCUUCACCACUAUGAUGGUCCCAAGUUUCGUCUUGAGCUGAACGUGCCUGAGGCCUUGUCUCUGCUCGAUAUUUUUGCUGAACAAGAUACUUUCAACGAUACUUUCAAGGCUUUCGAUGCAUAAAAGGACAAAAAUAGCAAAGAAUACAAGAACAUCACUCACACAGACGAUAGAUAAUAUUAUAGAUUUGGGUUGGUUUGGAAGUUAUUAAGUGUAAUGGACUUAAGGAAAAAGUCCGAAAGAUAAAACAAAAUGAAUAUAGCGGAGGAUGUUGCAUGUUCAGCAACCUAUAUGUAUUAUAUAUAUAUAUAUAUAUAUAUAUAUAUAUAUAUAUAUAUAUAUAUAUAUAUAUAUAUAUAUAUAUACAUAUGUGUGUGUGUAUUACUACUCCUCUUUUUGUAAAGAGAGGAGGAUGGUUCAUCAUACAUACAUAUUAAGAUAAUAGAAUAAAAAUGAACUAUUUUUGCAUUAGGGUCUUGUACAGAACUACAAAUUGGCGACAAAUGGAAGCCUAUAUGUUGUAGCUUGUGUUGUGUUGUUGAGUUGAGAAGGAACAUGACAGUGGAAAAGUGUGAGAGGCCAUGCUGGUUCAUCAGUGUUAUCUAUUAUUGUUUAUACAUCAAACAUAUGUGUGCUUUAAACGUUAA